AAUCUGUAGCCAUCUGCAGCUUUCUAGGCUGACAAUAGGGACAUUUUCCUUUAAAUAGCAAGCAGUUUUCUCUCAGCUCAGCUGCAAAAAUAUAUAUAUAUGCAGAGAAGACAGACACUGCAUGCUUCAGGAGCAGAUCCAGCACUCGGAAACUGUCACUUUCCAAACAAGAUAAAAAAAAAGAUUUAGCAAACUUUAAAAAAAAAAAAAAACAUAAAACUGCAGGAUGCCAAGAGGAUUUUUGGUGAAGAGGACCAUGAAAAUGGGGCCAAUUUCUUACAGAGUACGAGGUGAUGAUGAUCCUCAAGAGCUUAAGAGUGUUAUUACUUCUACAUGGGUCCAAGAGAGAAACAGCCUGUCUCCUAGUCCAGCUUUGAUGACACCAGCUCAGACAGUGCAACGACCAGCUCUUGGGGGCAUGCCCGAAGCACCCUGUGCUCCUUCCUGUAGUCCCAACAGGCCUAUUAGUGUAGAUCAGCAGCAAAGUUGCCUUGACAGAACACUUAACUCAAGCUCACCUAGUAUGGCUGAGUCAUUCCCAAGUUCGGCAUCCUUCUUUUCCCUAGGACAGCUCUGCUUCUUGCCUUCUCUUGCAGAUAUGGAAGCUAAGCUGGGUUCCAUUUGUUCUACAGUAUCAGCAAGCAAAAGAUCUGCAGAUGAACCGAAGGGCAAGCUUCAAGCCAAGAAACCCAAAAAUGAGAAGAAACUGAGCUACAAAGAUGAAGUCACAACUUCUCCUGUGCUGGGAUUGAAAAUAAAAGAAGACCCUGAGGACAUUAAGCCUCGGUCUAACACUAGUAGUCCUCUGGGUGAGUUUAUCUGCCAACUUUGCAAGGAGCAGUAUACAGACCCACUCUCUCUAGCCCAGCAUAAGUGUUCCAGGAUUAUCAGAGUGGAAUAUCGUUGCUCUGAAUGCAACAAAGUCUUCAGCUGCCCUGCUAACCUUGCAUCUCAUCGUCGCUGGCACAAACCCAGGAAUGUGGAUAGUACACAGAGCCAAGAGAAUGCCAAAGAGAACAAAAGUCCUAGCCUUCCUCACCGAGAACUUAGCACUCCAUCUCCCCAGCCAUCAGACUCAGGUUCAGAGGAAGAGCUUUUUGAAUGUCCUCACUGCAACAAGAAAUUUAGACGUCAGGCAUACUUGAGAAAACACUUAGCUGUGCACAGACCUUCAGUAGUGUUAUCAGCAACUCAGCAAAUUCCUUACAAAUUCAUGGAGAGCACAGAGAGACCGCUACCACUGCAAUCUUCAGACUCCGAUCAGAUCUUUCUUGCAAAGGAAAGGUUAAGCACUAAAACUGACACAAGUACAGCUCAACAGACUGAAAUUUAUCCUUGCAGGUUUUGCCCUGAGAACUUCUUCUCCUCACCUGGACUCACAAGGCACAUUAAUAAAUGCCAUCCUUCAGAAACAAGGCAAGUAAUUUUGUUUCCUGUCUCUCAUUCUGCUCUUUAAAUACCAAAAAUGAAAUAGAACAUAUCUCAAAUGAAACAAGACUAUGUCAACAAGCACGUGACAGAAAAAAACACAACAGCUUUAGUAUAUUUUAGACUUACUAAAAUUGGACGACUUGCCUUAAAACAGUAAGCAACUUUUUUGUUAAAGCUACAUUUUGUGCUAUAUUUUUUAAAAAUAUUUGUGUUUGUGUUUUGUUGUGAAAGGUACAUAUAAAU